CUCUCUCUCUCUCUCUCUCUCUCUCUCUUGCGUAGUCGCGUUCCCAUCCAUCCAUCCGUCCAUCGUUUCGUGUUGGACUUUUUACUACUCCGGGAAUCGGCGUAGUAGCGUGCACGCAUCUCGACGCACGGGUUGCCUCGCUUGCAUCACCCGUCCCGCCUUACUAUAUACAUAGUAGCUAAUGUCGUCGUUUGUUAACACGCUCCGGUGCUUCAAAAUGGAGGGGAAGGAACCCAAAGUCGGCGCCGCACCUCCGCCCGCGGGGGCCUCCUCCGCCAAAGUCGGCGCCGACUCCGACGCCCCCGCCGACCACCACCACGUCGUCGACCUCGUCGACGACGCCGCCAAGGCGCCGGGGAACGUCCCCUUCCUCCUCGAGUUCACGGACCUAACGUACGCCGUCAAGCCCCGCGGCAGGAUCCCGUUUCUGCCACGCGGCGGCCGCGAGAAGACCCUGCUGGACUCGGUGUCGGGCGCGGCGCGCGAGGGCGAGAUCCUGGCCGUGCUCGGCGCGAGCGGGUCGGGCAAGUCCACGCUGAUCGACGCGCUCGCGAACCGGAUCGCGAAGGAGAGCCUCCGCGGCUCCGUCACGCUCAACGGCGAGCAGAUCGACGGCCGUUUGUUCAAGGUCAUCUCCGCUUACGUCAUGCAGGACGACCUGCUGUACCCCAUGCUCACCGUCCGCGAGACGCUGACGUACGCCGCCGAGUUCCGGCUCCCCCGGUCCAUGUCCCGGGCCAGGAAAGAAAGCCGGGUCCAGGCCCUGAUCGACCAGCUCGGCCUGCGCCGCGCCGCGGACACUAUAAUCGGGGACGAGGGCCACCGCGGCGUCUCCGGAGGGGAGCGGCGCCGCGUGUCGAUCGGCAUCGACAUCGUCCACGACCCGAUGGUUUUGUUCCUGGACGAGCCCACGUCGGGGCUCGACUCGAGCAGCGCGCUCAUGGUGGUGCAGGUGUUACAGAGAAUCGCGCAGAGCGGGAGCAUCGUGGCUAUGUCGAUCCACCAGCCCAGCUACCGCAUCCUCGGCCUCCUCGACCGCAUCAUGUUCCUCUCGCGCGGCCGGGGCGUGUACUACGGCCCCGUCGACGGCCUCUACCCCUUCUUCUCCGAGUUCGGGAGCCCCGUCCCCGACAACGAGAACCCGGUCGAGUUCGCGCUCGACCUCAUCCACGAGCUCGAGCGCUCGGCGGACCCCGCAGGUCGCAACGCCCUCAUCGAAUUCAACGAGUCGUGGCAGGAGCUCGAGAGGUCAAAGUCGACAUCCCCCGCGACCUCCCCAUUACAAAUGCCUCUCAAAGAUGCUAUCAGAGCGAGCAUAUCGCGGGGGAAGCUGGUGUCCGGAUCGGAGACGACGUCAGAAUCCGAUACAUCGGCGUCCCCCGUCCAGACAUACGCGAACCCGUUCUGGGUCGAGAUGGCCGUGCUCACCCGACGCGGGUUCACGAACACGCGGCGGAUGCCGGAGCUGCUGGCGAUACGGGUCGGGACGGUGAUGGUGACGGGGUUCAUCCUCGCCACCAUCUUCUGGCGGCUCGACGACUCGCCGAAGGGCGUGCAGGAGCGCCUCGGCUUCUUCGCCAUGGGCAUGUCGACCAUGUUCUACACGUGCUCCGACGCCCUCCCCGUCUUCCUGCAGGAGCGCUACAUCUAUAUGCGGGAGACCGCGCACAACGCCUACCGCCGGGUGUCCUACGUCGUCUCCAACGCCAUCGUCGGAUUCCCGCCCCUCAUAAUCCUAUCCAUCGCGUUCGCCCUCACCACCUUCUUCGCGAUCGGGCUCUCCGGCGGCUUCCCCGCCUUCCUCUAUUUCACGCUCAUGAUCCUGGCGUCCUUCUGGGCCGGGAGCGGCUUCGUCACCUUCCUCUCCGGCAUCGUCAAGCAAGUGAUUCUCGGAUACACCAUCGUCGUGGCCAUCCUCGCCUACUUCCUCCUCUUCAGCGGUUACUUCAUAAACCGUGACAGGAUUCCGCACUACUGGAUUUGGUUCCACUACCUCUCGCUUAUAAAGUACGCCUACGAGGGGGUGCUGCAGAACGAGUUCGGGGGUAGCAGCGGGGCCGCGAAGUGCUUCGUGCGCGGGGUGCAGAUGUUCGACGGGACGCCGGUCGGGGACAUGCCGUACAGCGCGCAGUUGAAGGUGCUGUCGGUGAUGAGCAAGACGCUCGGGAGGAACCUGACGGACGCGACGUGCAUCACGAACGGCCCCGAAGUGCUGCGGCAGCAGGCGGUGACGGACCUCAGCAAGUGGGACUGCCUCUGGAUCACGGUGGCCUGGGGAUUCUUGUUCCGGAUACUCUUCUACAUUGCUUUGCAACUGGGGAGCAGGAACAAGAGGAAGUAGAUCAACUAAAUCAUAGAUUAUACAAUAACUUAGGUGUUGUUUUUUUUAUUUUUUUAUUUUUACAAGUUUAGGGAUUUGCUUUGUUCGUUCUGUGACAAUUUCGUUCGUACUUUUUUCUUAUAAAAAGUAUAUAUACAUAUAUACGUUAGAAAGAAGGAAGAGGAACAAUGAAAGCGCAUUGUAAUGUAAUUUUUCUUAUUAGUAUUUUCUUUGUAAUUAAUUGUUGUGAAAUAGAACAGCAGUUUAUUAUUAAUUACUACG